AGUCAGUGACGCGAGUGGAGCACGUGCGUCGGUCAUGGCUGGGAAGACGUUGUGCGGCGAUUAUCUGGCUGUAGGCGAGGAGUGCUAGAGACAGCCGCAGCUCCCCUUACCAACGGGUGGAUCGAGGGAGUGUGUGUGUGUGUGUCUGUGUGUGCGCGUGUGUGUGUGUGUGUGUGAGAUUGUCUGAGUGUGUGUGUGUGUGUGGGGGGGGGGUUGCGUAUGAAAGUGUGGGUGCAUGUAGAUUCUACAUUGGCUGCAACUGGAGCUGCUGCUGCUGCUGCUGGUGAAUAAUGCAGUCAGAGGGACGGAGUUUGGAUAGCAUGCAGGGAGCCAGAUUAAUAAUGCAUCCUGUCGGGUUACAGGCUCUGCAAUAGUUAGUUUUGCUCGAACCUGUAGCUGCUUACAGUCUGCCUGUCUUCUUGACUUACUGACUCCCCACCUACGUCUCUGCCUGCCUGCCAGCCCUUCCAUUUGACUGGUGGACUGUCAAACGUACUCAGAAAAUGUCUCACUACCAUUUCAUCAAAUGUUGUUGUUUCCAGCUAUGUAAUGUCUUUCGUCAUAACAUGGAGAUAGACCAGUGUCUACUGGAGUCUCUCCCCAUUGGCCAGCGCCAGCGGCUGGUCAGGAGGAUGCGCUGCGACCAAAUAAGGGCGUAUUACGAGAGGGAAAAGAGCCUUCAGCGCCAGCAAGGUGGGAUCAAGGUCCGAGGCCCGUCCACCCACUGCAAGAAGCACCAUGUCCGCUUCAGCUCCACCGAUGUCUUACAGGACGCCAUCGUCCGCCAUGACGACAAAGAAGUGUUGCGUGUCCUGAAGGAGGGAGCAGACCCCAACAGUCCCAUUUCUUCUGGGGGAUCCUUGCUACACCUGUGUGCUCGCCACGACAAUGUGUUUGUGGCAGAGUUUCUCAUCGAGCAAGGCCUGAAUGUCAACCAGCAGGACGAAGACCUGUGGACAGCCCUGCAUGUAGCGUGUGUGUGUGACCAUGCGGACGUCGUGCUACUGCUGCUGGUGGCCGGAGUGAACGUUAUGCUGCAGGACAUCAACGGAAACAUCCCUCUGGACUACGCCUCCGAGGGAACUGAGAGCAGCUACAUCCUCCGAAAACACCUUGAGGAAAAUGGCGUGGAUGUGUCCUCUUUGCAUGCCAUGAAGAUGCAGAGACCCAGCACCAUGUUGUCUGAUGUCAGACAGCUUGUAGCUACAGGCAAGAGUCUCAGCCAGCCCAACGAUGACAGGGUUACUCUGCUCCACAUAGCAUGUGCCAGUGGUUACAGAGAGGUGGUGUCUGUGUUGCUGGAAAGUGGGGCGGACCCUCAUCCUGCUGACGACAACUUUUGGACCCCUCUCCAUCUGGCUGCUAAAUAUGGACAGACGAGCAUCGUUAGCCAUCUCCUGAGACUCGGGGCCAACCCGACUCUGUUGAACUGCAACCAAGACAAGCCCUCAGACAUUGCUGCAUCAGAGCCUAUAGCUGAUCUGCUUCUGAACGCAGAGGAGAGCUGGCUGCAGAGACUGAAGGACCCCUCCACUCCUCUUCCCUCCACAGACCAACGCUAUGAUGGCGGAUCACACGACCUUAUCACGCCUGUCAAGAACUUGAACCCCUUGGGUCUCUCUAUCUCUAAGCGGGACAGUCUGCUUGAGAAAUGUGCCAUGUUCAGAGAGGCAGGUGGAGCACUGUGCGGACAGCACUCCCAGGACAAUUGCCUAGAUGGCCCCUUUAGCUCUGGAGCCAGCAAACUGGAGCAGGUCAAGCUGAUGCCUCCGGCACCUAACGACGACUUGGCGUCCCUCAGUGAGCUGACUGACAGCAGCUUACUCUACGAGAUGCAGAAGCGCUUUGGCAAUGACCAAAUCUAUACUUACAUUGGACACAUCCUUCUCCUGGUCAAUCCAAAUAAAGAGCUGCCCAUCUAUUCCACUUUGGUGAGUCAAUUGUACCUGAGCUCCACAGGUCGCCUGUGCUCCUCUCUGCCCCCUCACAUCUUCUCCUCAGCAGAGAGAGCUUACCACAUGAUGCUGCAGGAGAGACGCCCGCAGUGUUUCAUCUUAAGCGGUGAAAGUGGGUCGGGAAAAUCAGAGGCAUGUAAGCACAUUGUGAGACACCUGACGGCUCGCUCCAACCCCAAAGGCUUUGCACUGGAUCCCAGAAUGAAACACGUGAACUGUAUUCUGGAGGCUUUUGGUCACGCAAAAACACAGAGGAACAUCAGCUCAAGCCGCUUCAUCAAGCUCUUGACCAUUCAGUACUGUGAUAAGAGGAGGACGCCGCUCAGAGCCCGUGUGUACACGUACAUGCUGGAGAAGUCUCGUCUGGUCCAGCUUCCUGCUCACCAGCACAGCUUCAACAUCUUCUAUCUGAUGGCUGAAGGCCUGCCGCCUGAGGAAAAGAGUGCACUUUAUCUCAACAAUGUUCUGGCUCAUAGGUAUCUUAGCGGAGGAUUACAGGGGGACAACCUGCCGGUAGCUAAAGCCUCAGCCCAGAGCAGGGAUGGCCUUGCCGCAGUCAAACAAGCCCUGCGAGCCCUGGGCUUCAACAAGCAGGAGGUUGACUCUGUGUUUACGCUGCUAUCCACUGUGCUCCAUAUUGGGGACCUACGUUUUACUGCAUUGACAGAAGCUGACACACUGUUCCCGUCUGACCUGCAGCUGUUGGAGAGAGUUAGUGGAUUGUUGCAGGUGUCAUCCAAUGACUUAAGCACUGCCCUCACUUCUGAUGUUCAAUACUUCAAAGGUGAUGUGAUCACUCGGUGCCACACGGUAGAGAUGUCAGAGCAGUACAGAGACCAGCUUGCCAAGGCCAUCUAUGGACGCCUCUUUAGCUAUCUGGUCAACAGCAUCAACGAGUACCUUCAGGGACAGGACGACAACAUUGGUGAUCCUUCCCUGGAAAUUGGUAUCUUGGAUAUAUUUGGGUUUGAAGACUUUCAGAGGAAUGGAUUUGAGCAGCUGUGUGUGAACAUGACCAAUGAGCGGCUGAGGCUGUACGUCUCUGAGGUGCUAUUCCAGCAGGAGCAGGCUGAGUGUCUGCAGGAGGGCAUUGCCAUGGAGACCCCACGCUCCCCCGGCAACCAGCCAGCCGUUCUGGACUUCUUUCUUCAGAGACCUCAGGGACUGCUGUGUGUGUUGGAUGAGGAGAGCCAGAGCCUGCGGCCAGUAGAACAGACCCUGUACAAGAGGCUGUCAACCCAGCUGGACGCCAAUCCCACUCACGGCCUUUCUCUCACCACGAAGGAUGGCAAUGGAAACCCCCCACCUCAAGAUCAGGGCCCUGCCUUCAUUGUCAGCCACUAUGCUGGGCAGAUUUCAUAUGACCUCACAGGAUCUCUCACAGGAAACAAAGACCUCCUUCCUCAGAAUCUCUUGUUUACGAUGAAGUCCAGUGAGAGUGUGUUACUGCAGCAGCUCUUCCAGUCCAAGCUGACUCAGACUGGGUCUCUGGUGCCAGCAGCUCAGGGCCGCAUAGGGCUGAGGGGGCCUAAAGCUGCCUCGUUGCUCCACAGGAAGCCAUCAGCCUCCCUUUUCACUGCCAACUCUGUCCCCCAACAGCCUCGGCGGUACCAUGACCUUACCAAGGUCUUGAAGAAGAAAGGCUCGAGCUCCUUCCUCCGACGACUCGAGCGGUGUGGACCCGUCACAGUGGCUGUCCAGCUGAGGAACUCGCUGUCAGAGGUGAUCAGCAAACUGCAGGCUUGCACUCCCCACUUUGUGGAGUGUGUGCGUCCCAACGCCAGUGGUCAGCCAGACAGUUUUGACAGCUUCCAUGUGUCGACCCAGCUGCAGUACAUCGAGGUGCUUGAGAUGGUGCGCAUGAUCCGUUAUGGAUACCCGGUCCGCCUCUCCUUCCCAGGCUUCCUCAGCAGAUACAGAGAUAUUGUCGUCCCGACUUUGGGAAACAAGAAGAAAUUGUCACCAGAAGAGCGAUGUCGCUCAGUUCUGCAACAGUCCAAACUCCAGGGAUGGCAGAUGGGCAGAAGUAAAGUAUUCCUGAGAUACUGGCAGGCAGACCAGCUCAACGACCGCUGCUACCAGCUCCAUAAAAAGAUCAUCACAUGUCAGAGAGUUGUGCGUGGCUGGCUGGCCAGACAGCGGGUUCAUCGCAGGCAGUCAUUACAGCAGAAAGACGAGGGCAGCGUGCAGCAUUUCCUGCAGGGGGCAGAAGACAUGGGGCUGCAAACCUACGACCAGUUGGUCAUCCAAAAUGCAUCCGACAUUGCGCGAGAGAGCGACCGUCUGCGCUGCCAUGGCAGCAGCCUUCGCAACACCCGUGGCAAUAGCCCACCACUUGGUGAGAGGCCUGAGCCAGUGGGUAAGGAGGAGGACCAGCCUGUCAGGAGGGUUGUAGAGAAAAGUGGGAAAGUCCAUGAGAGCCUCGCCAAUGGUGGGAGUCGAGUUAUCCGCCACUUUCGGUCCAGCUCAGUGCCCAUUCCCCUUGCCAUCGAGAACAUGGUCCAUUCCUCUGCCAGUCCACCCAUCAAACCAGUACUGCAGCAGGUUGCUCAUACCAGUGAGGAGGGGGCAGGCGGUGGGAGUCUUUCGUCUCCGCGGAAGCAACCUCCUCCCAAACCAAAGAGGGACCCCAACACUCGUCUGAGUGCAUCUUAUGAAGCAGUUAGUGCUCGGUUGACAAUGGCAGCUAAAGAGAGCCACACUCCAGAGGGCUACUGUUCGCCAGCUGGAAGUCCCCCUAAGUCCCAGCUGUCCCCCACAGACCCUGCAGCAUUGUCCAAGCCCCGCCCCCACAGUGAUGACUACACGACCAUGAGAAAGGUGCCACCCCCCAAACCAAAGCGCAGUCCCAACACCAAGCUGACAGGCUCAUAUGAAGAUAUCAAUGCUGUAGCACCCCACCUCAGCCAGCUGCGUCCCGCUGAUGUGAAGCUGGCCUUGCUGUCGCGUGCUGGGGGAUUUGGAGGGUUUGGUGGUUUGUUGCAGAAAGCAGCCUCUAUUGAUAUGCCACAAGGGGUAGCGCUGAGUCUGUACCAGGGUCAUGACGAAGAGGAUGUGUACAUAGAGAUGUUCGGCUCCCAGCCGAGGGCUCGGAGCCUCCAGGAACCCCCUGACAGUCCAGAACAGGCUUCUGAUUCAGAAGCCGUCUACGAGGAGAUGAAGUAUUUCCCUCAAGAAGAUGGUGGACCUCCUGCCUCUGUGGUUACCAAGGCAACAAAACGUGAGACUUUAGGUCUGGGAUUGGUAGGAUUAGGAACAUCUCCUCCUCAAAGUGGGGAGACCAAACGGAUGGCAUCAGGUGUGGCCGCUUCCAUGGACAUCGCUCACUCACAGAGCACGUCCAGCACCAAAGCUCAGCAUGGCAAAGAUGGCAGCUGUGACAUCCCUGCUCCCUUCCCCAACUUGCUCCCGCACCGUCCACCUCUCCUGGUGUUUCCCCCUUCCCCCGUCACCUGCUCUCCUGCUUCAGAUGAGUCACCCCUCACCCCCCUAGAGGUAAAAAAGCUGCCAGUGUUUGAGACGAACCUGAACUACGCAACUGGCCCAGACAGCCCCUUGUCCCCACAGUAUGCCCGCCAGAGGGCUGACUCCUCCCCUAGCCUCACUGUCCUGAUGCCAGAGAAGAAGUCAACACCUCCACUCACCCCUCCACCUCCACCUCCUCCGCCCAGUGCCGCCCCUCCUCCCUACAGACCUCCCUCACACUUCCCCUUCCCACCUGAGGCCAGCUUCCUGGCUCUGACACGAACAGCAUCUGUCACAGGGAGCUCGGACUCCUCCAAAACGUCUUCACAAAGGGCAGGUGGUGAACCACUGGGGAAGCCACCUCCCUACUCCCCAGUGAAGAUGUCUCGUCCUGAACCUCGGAGAGCACACUCAUGCUCCUCCUCUCCCCUGCUGUUUAAUCCAGCCAACGGCAGACCUCUGACCAGCCCCCUGGAUGAACUCAACACUCUGUUCAGCUCUGGACGCAGCCUGCUGAGGAAGUCCACGUCUGGCCGGAAAAUGAGAGAUGGAGGAUUCAAUUCUAAUAUCAAUCUGCCAAGUAGGGAAGAAUGUGGCUCUGGGCCAACCUCGCCAUCUCUGCUGCUACAGGACAAGAACGCCAACAACCACUCUUCCCACACCCCGAGUACCGCCCCCGUGGAGAACGGCAACCAGAUCUCCAACGGGUCGCUGGAGGAUGAGAGUCAUGGCAAGUCAAACUCCUCCAGCUCCGCCUCUCUACACAGACACAUGGACAGCCAUCAUACUCAGGUGUUCCAGCGGCUACGUCUGUCCAGUGGGGAUGAGCGCACCGCCAUGGGAGAGCUUCUGCGAUGGCGGCGAGCGCAGUGUGAGGGGCGGGGUGACUGGAAGCACCGUCCGCCUCAGUCCCCACCCCUGCCCCCCACACUGCUCUGGACCAACAGGAAGGCCUCUCCGUGACAGCAGCUGUGUGUUGCAGACAGUCACAUGUAUCAGCUGUGAAGUAACUCCCCCGCUUUUCUCUUUUUAACCACACUCGCACAUGCUCUUUAUGUCUUCUUUUUUUCUUCUUCUGUGGACCAAGUAACCUGAACACCCAGAGGCUAGGCUGAAGCUCCGUGCCCCAAAGCGUGAGCCGAGUCCCCGGGCUGAAGGUCCUGCCUCUCGACCUUUGACCGUGACUGUGGAGAAAGUCCCCGACCUAUAUGAUAGAAGCUCAGCACUGUGACACUGAAAGUGUUACCCAUGAGAGAUGAGUGAAGAGCACACACGGCAGAGGUUCACGGGUUAUUUUGUGAUCAAAUAUUUUACUAACAGAAAAAAUAAUAUAGAUUAUAUUAUUAUUUUUUCUCAGUUCUUCUGAGAUAAAAUAUAUGAUCAAAAUAUAUCCAUCAAUGGAUUUAAGAGCAGAGUCGCAGCAUUGUUGUUGAAGUCAGAUAUUAAAUUGUUUGUGUCCUGAUGCACACGAAGGAGCUCCACCCCAAGAACAUGGUGCUGAUUAUACUUGACAUGUUGUCAUGUGAUGUUCCUGUGAGUGCUUGUGUGUGCCCCCUCCCCGAGUCUAAGACCUCUCCAAAGUUUACAAGCCAACCGACGCCAUCGGACACUUCCAGUUUUUAGCUUCAGAGCACUGGAUUUAGACAUGGGACCAUUCUUCAGGUACAAAGCUCUCACUUAACCGAUCAUGUCUAGGCUCCAAGUGCUACUACAGCCCUGGCAACAUGCGACCAGGGGUCAGGGUAACCUCAGUAAUAUCCCAAGGUGCAGUUGUCUUCCCCUCUGUUACCACUAGCCUUUGAGGAACAAAGUGCAAACUACUGCACUUAAAGGGGAUCAAACUACAAAAUAACAACCUUUUGCUUCAAGGGAUUAAGUCAAAGCUGAAAUAACAAAGCUUUAACCACAAGGUAUAUAGUUCAUGUUGUGAACAUGAAGCUCUGUGCCAAAGUGACACAACUUAUGAAAGAAAUGUCUAAUAUAACAAAUAGUUAUAAAAACCUGAUGUGUACAGUUGUCCCUCAUAUGUACAGACUGACAUGAAUGACCGUUUCUAAAUCAAUCAAAAGAAAAUGUUGAAAAGAAAACGACAGUCUACGUUUAUUUUUAAAAGUAGGAACUUAACUCUUGUUGUGUCUGAACAGUUUUGUGAGCUCGAUGAUGUUCAGGAACUCACGCACAGACGAACUGGAUCAUUGUACAGGCCCCCCUGUCCGUCCGUGGUGGGCGAGUCCUCACAGACGCCCACGAGUCCUCUCUUCGCCUCUUUUCCACACUUGACCCCCAACAAACUUGACCCCCUUCUCUGACCCCCGCCGCCAUCUUCCUAUUGGAUCAAACCGGCUCUACGGGUGUUUCCAUGGUAACUGCUAUGUUAUUUGUGACUAGUGGCGUAUGUUGUAGCCUUUACUAUGGCAGGAGACCAGAGAUGGAACUGAAAGUCCAGGAUGAGAUGAGAUAAUACUGUCUAUGAUGGUGCAACUGGGAUGUAAGAAUGUUUUGGGUUAGAUGCAAUGACUAAGGUAAAGAGAAGAGGUUUAUUUUAAAAUGUGAAUAUCUUCUUUGUUUUUCUCCAGAAUGAUUGUCUAUGGCUAUGAAACUCUUUAUACUCUAUUUAAGAUUAUUUGUUCUCCUCCUCUUGAUCCUGUUGUCCUGUUCCUUUGAUGCAAGGCAGAUGUUUUCGUUGUAUAUGGAUGUUUUUAUUGCACAGUGUUUAUGUAGUGUCGUGUUGACUCCUGUAAUGGGUUGAGCGUGUCUCGACAAGGAGUUUGACAUUCGAGGAUCGGUCCGAAUUGCUGGAGCCACAAAGUAUCAAUAGCUCCAAUGGAUUUCUCAUUCCCACUGAUCACCCCGCAAUGUGUCCGAUUGAUUCAGCCUUUACAAAUAAGCAGCACCAUCACUGGAUCGAUCUCAGCCGCUGUCGAUGCGUAAAGGUGCACAAAUAUUCAAGAGGAAGUAAGAGACCGACGAUGUCCACGACAGAAAUGGCAAAAUCAUCUGAUCUGCAUUUUUUCCGACUGACUGGCUGAAUGUAUAAAUAUUUUUUUUUUUUAUUUCACUGCCUGUGCACAUCAAUGAAACCCUGUGUAACUUAUUACUGGAACAUGCACCUGUAUCUAAAGAGUGUACCCGACUGCUCAAUGUGAUUAUUGUCUAUGUAUGCAGUUUAUUUUCUUUUUAAAAGCAAGUUGAUGAUAAGAUAUCGAGCCGCUCCACAUCUCGGUGCGGUGACCAUGGCCGCGCGAGUUCAGCUGCACUGCAGAACGAUGUCAGACAUUUUCAUUGUGGUGCGAUUCAGCUCAUUCAAAUAAGGAUUUAAAACUCAUCUGUGAUCAAACGACACCGACAGGAACCCAGAUCGUGUUGGUCGACUUAACCAAUGCCAGUGAAAGAGCCUCUAUAUCAGUCGUUAUGAUCAGUGUCCUGGUGAGUCUGUACGUUUACUGAAAUUGUAAAUUGAGGAAAUGUUUGUUUUUUUAUUGUCUUUUAAAAGCAUAUAUUUGCUUCAUACCUUGCAUGACCACAUGUUGGACCUAGCCCCGUAUAACAUGCUCAUGCUGAAAAGAUGUUUUUUUUUCUUCUUUGUCUAAAAAAAAGUGUCUAAUGUGAAGAACUGCUUCCCACUGCACUGUGAAUCACUGCACUGUCCCCUCAUCUAACCACUCGUCAUCUGUCCACCAUACACCCCCCGUCCACACGUCGUGUCCCUCUGUACAAUCCCUCAUGACCGAGCUCAGUCUGUCAUAAGCGAACCAAACCCAGGCAGCCAGAUUACUGCCAGUCAUCUCUGUCAGUCAGGAGUCGUCUGCUCUGAGAUCUGCUCUCCCGGUCUCUCAGCACCUGAACAGGGGCAACUCACUGUCUUUCAUAGUGUUGUUGUUUUUUUGGGGUUGUUUUUUGUACAUAACAGAGUAUGUUUUAACCCUGCAUACAUGUGUUUGUGGAAAGAAAAAAGAUUGUAUGUGAUAUUUCAUAAUUAUUAUGUUCCCAAUGUUUUAUAUAAGUACUGUACCUGUACAGCAAUAAAGCACAAUUGUGUCAA